AUGGAUUCUUGGGUCAACAGUUGGAAAAUGGAGUCCAAUCCGUGGAGUUUAAGCCCUGGAUCCGUCCUUGGGACAAAUACAGGCAUUGCUGGAGAAACAACAAUGGAAAAACCACAAUAUGAUGUGCCAACUUCUCAGAAGUUUAUUUGUGAUCUUAACCUUACACCUGAAGAGAUCGUAAGCCCCAAACCGCGACCAACUCAACCUGAGUUUUCUCCGAUAUCUUUAGACACGCCAGGGAAAAGAUUGCCUGAAACAGAUCAGAAGCCUCGCGACACUACCGAAAAGUCUUUUCGUGAAACGAAAUCUCCUGCAGGAGAAAAGAAAAGAAAGAGAGCUAGAGAUGUUAACAAGGCAGCUCAAGUGGAUACACCACCACAGAUAUCAAAGAAGAGGAAGAAGAUUAGGGGAAAGGUUGUUCGAGAAGGCACUACAAUAAGAUCUGCUUCUAAAUCAGCGGGUAAAAAAGCCUCUGCUACUCCUUCAGCUGCUAAAGCUUCUGAAGAAAACAUCUAUUCUCGUCCAAGGAGAUCAUGUAGAAAAUCUCUGAAAUUUGACGAUGUUUUUCAAGAAGAAGAAGAUGGAUACUGUGGGCUCACUUUCACUUCAGAAGGUCACAUAGGUAUUUCUGUUGGUGGGAAACUAAUACCCGAUGCAACAAUGGGAGUUUUUGGUAAUAUCCCGAAGAGAAGACGACAAAGCAAGAGUAGUUCAACGGACAAGACACUAGCAGAGGAUCCUGCAGGAAGGAAUGAUCAAACGGUCAGUUUAAGCAUGUCCCAGAACAUGUUCUGCCUACAAUUUCCCAAUGUCCAAAGGAAACGGAGAACAGAUGGCAGCAUUUAUGCGUCUUCAGAAACAGCCAGAGAUUCCCUCUGUUCUACACUGUCUCUAGUGCAAACAGUUGUGGCUAGAAAGAAGCGAAGUAACAGAGAUCCUAUAGCAAGCCAACUCAAUACAAAGGUGUUACACCUCCAGUGGCGACGCCAAAAUUAUACAGGUACAGAUCCUAUUGAUACAUGGGAACAAAACUAUCCACCUGAUGCCAUCGCUAAGUUAUUGGAGGAACUAGACAUCACCAGAGAGAGUCCUUGCCUUCCACAGAGCAGAGAAACUGCAGUAAUUCUACAUCAAAAGGCACUUCGGGAGCUAAAGGCAGCGAUACGAUACAGGAGAGGCGGCUCAAUCGUUCCUUAUCCUGAUCAGAAAAAUCAACAACCAAAGGUACAACUAGAUGACGAAACUUCUAGAGUGUGGAAACUCCUAAUGGUGAGCAUCGACAGUGAAGGUAUUGAUGGAUCAGAUGAGGACAAACAGAAAUGGUGGGAAGAGGAGAGGAACGUGUUCCACGGACGUGCAAGCUCGUUUAUUGCUCGCAUGCGUCUUGUACAAGGUGAUAGACGUUUCUCACCUUGGAAAGGAUCUGUCGUUGAUUCAGUUGUUGGUGUUUUCCUAACCCAAAAUGUCGCAGACCAUUCAUCGAGCUCUGCAUUUAUGGACUUGGCUGCAGAGUUUCCCAUCAUGUGGAACGCCAUCAAGGGAUCGUGUCAUGAAGAGUUGGGAAGUUCGGUAACUGAUGAAACAGUAAUGAACUUGGAUCCGGGAAAUGCAGUUGCAACUCCGACAAUACACAACCCGACCUGCAUCAUCAUAGAUGAGAUUGAUGACGAUGACGACAUUGAUGCUGUUUGUAGUCAGGAAACAUCUAAAACCAGUGAUAGCUCCAUCAGUUCUACAAACCAAUCAAAACCCAUGCUGCUGGAUUCUCCUACGAACAGCUUCGAGACACAUUUUGACCAUGGGAUUUCUACAGUCUCGUCUACUUCUACUUGUUGCGAACUGAACCUAAACGAAGCACCGGUAGAGGUAGAGAACUGUGAUGCAUUCAGAAACAGUGUUGAUGAAGGCAGUCUUGUUCAAGCUAUGAGCAACCAUCAACAAGAACUGAAGAACACCAUUCCGGCACAAGACCAGGAAAAGAACACAAGAACAGAUUCAGACAUGAAAAAAAGGAAGAAUGUAAAGAAACCAGGGAAAGGUAAAUCUGCAAAGAAGAAGCCCACAAAGACCACGCCAAAGGAAAGCUUUGACUGGGACAGUUUGAGAAAGCAAGCAGAAAGUGGUGGCCAAAAGAGAGAGAGAACAAAAAGAACAAUGGACACCGUUGAUUGGGAUGCGCUACGGUGUACAAAUGUACACAAGAUAGCUGAGAUAAUAAGAAAACGAGGGAUGAACAACAUGCUUGCCAGUAGAAUCAAGGCCUUCUUAAACAGACUGGUUCAAGACCAUGGAGGAAUUGACUUGGAGUGGCUAAGAGAUGUUCCCCCUGACAAAGCCAAGGAGUUUCUAUUGAACAUAAACGGAUUAGGACUGAAAAGUGUGGAGUGUGUUAGACUUCUGUCAUUACAUCAGAUUGCAUUCCCUGUUGACACUAAUGUUGGACGCAUAGCUGUACGACUAGGAUGGGUUCCCUUACAGCCACUACCUGAUGAGGUGCAAAUGCAUCUACUAGAGUUGUAUCCAGUAUUAGAAUCAGUGCAAAAGUACCUCUGGCCACGCCUUUGCAAGCUUGACCAAAAAACCUUGUACGAGCUGCACUACCAUAUGAUUACAUUCGGAAAGGUCUUUUGCACCAAAAAGAAACCAAAUUGCAAAGCAUGUCCAAUGAAGGCGGAGUGCCGACACUAUGCUAGUGCACAUGCAAGUGCACGGCUUGCUCUACCAGAAUCAGAGGAGGGAAAUACCGUAACAAUCCAUGAGAGGAGAUAUAAAUCCAAGCAUGUUGUGGUCAAUUUUCGACAGUCCUUAUUUCUUACUCAAGACAAAGAACAAGAAGCAAAAAGAUCACAAAACUGUGAACCAAUCAUCGAGGAACCAGCAACACCAGAACCAGAGUGUGCAGAAUAUGAUAUUGAGGAUUAUCCGUGUUACAAUAACGAUGAAAUUCUUACAAACUUUGAAGGUGGUACAUCAAAGGAUCCUUGGGAAAACAACGAUGACAUUCCUACAAUCAUGCUCAACAAGGAAGAUGAUAUAUCAAAGGAUUUGGUGGUAGUACUAAGCACCCAAGCAGCAUCGAUACCCAGACAAGCAGCAUCAGUACCCAGACACAAACUGAAGAACAAGGAAAACCUACGCACUGAGCACCUUGUGUUUGAGCUCCCGGACUCUCAUCCCAUUCUCGCAGGGUUUGAGGAGCGAGAACUUGAUGAUGAGUAUCCCUACUUGUUAGCUAUUUGGACUCCAGGCGAAACAGCUAAUUCUAGUCAACCGCCCAAACAAAGAUGUGUUUCCCACAAAAGAAAUACAUUAUGUCAUGAGAGGACAUGUUUUCCAUGCAACAAUAUACGGGAAGAUAAGUCGCAGAUAGUACGAGGAACUAUAUUGAUACCUUGCAGAACAGCAAUGAGAGGGAGCUUCCCACUGAAUGGAACGUACUUCCAAACUAACGAGGUUUUUGCUGACCAUGGCUCUAGUGUUAACCCAAUCAUCGUCCCAAGAGAGUGGAUAUGGAACCUACCGAGAAGAAUUGCGUACUUUGGAUCCUCUGUAACCGCGAGUUUUAGAGGUUUAGAUGUCGAAGCAAUUCAAUAUGGAUUCUGGAGAGGAUAUGUUUGUGUAAGGGCAUUUGAUCGGAAGAAUCGGAAACCGAAAACUCUAUUGAAAAGAUUGCAUUGCCCACCAAGAAACAAGAACCAGGAGGACGACUAUUGA